AUGUCAAAAGUUUGUUUGCUUGUUUUUUUCGUGGUCUUGGCAGGUCUUGUCUGUUGUGUACAAGGAGCAAUUCAUCUUUUACCACCACAAUCAUCUUCUUCUACCAGCUUUUCAACAAUUUCCACAAGAAAUGUCAACCAAAAUGUAGGGCCCUCUGGUAAUACUAAUUAUAUCAACUUGACAGGUGUCAUUGCAGGUUCAAUCUCAGGUUUAGUCUUUCUAGUCGUCAUCUUACCAACAAUUGUUGCUUGUUCUUUAAUGUGUGUACUUGUAUGUGUGACUGAGGAGAAAGUAGAAGAAAGAGAGUUGGAAUCUCAGAAUCCGUUUAAUCUUCCAUCAAGUGUAAUUUCUGGUGAAUUUGUGAAUGGAACAACAUUGUAUGAUGUUAAUUAUGCUGACUGUGCCGUUUUUCUUUUUUGGGUUGUGACUUGGUUAUUCAGAAAAUUGACUUGUGGCAUUUUCGAUUCACUUUUAAUAUUGAGAAGUACUAGAUUUCGUGUCAGAAAAAUGUUAGUCGGAAAUAGAAGAUUAGACUUGGACAUUUCAGAUAAUUGCUGUCAUAUUCCAUUCCUACAUUAUUUGAAUAGUGCAUUGAAUGUGUACACUUGUGGUUUGUGGAGAGUUUUCGGCUUGACUCAUCGUUUCUAUUAUAGAAAAAUCGAUGAUAGAAUCUUUUGGAAACCAAUCGAAAGUUCAUCUCAACCCAAUCAAGCUAUUCAAUGGGUUGGUUUUGAUGAAAAACCUGGCAAACAUCAAUUUACCUGGUUUAGUAUCUAUUGUGGAUGGAAGACCGAAUUAAUGUAUUGGUUCCUGAAGAGAAUUGUAAAUGUUUUCACAUUAUUCUUUGGCGAUGCAUUUAUUGAAGCUUGGUAUUUGAGAGAAAAGAUUAAGUAUGCUAAAUUUGGUGGUAAGGGAAGUUUUGCAGUGAUUCAAAAUGGUCAACCAACUUCAUUUAUUUCUGGCUCUCCAAUGAAUUUGACAUUCCAUUCAAUUCUGGAUGGUUGUUCCUAUUUGGGAAGAUUGCUGUUGUAUAGAUUUUUGUGGAUUAUCACAUGUGGAUUGUUUGGAUGUUGUUCAGGUGAGAGUUUUAUUCUUUCAUAUAUUGAUGCACAUUUGGUAUUGAAUAGAUGA